AUGAAGCUCGACUUUAUGCUCCCGGUCCGCGUUGCCCAAGGCGUGUUUGCGUUUGUGAUUAUCGUACUCUCAUCCUACGUCGCCCACUGGUACGAUGCCGAGAUCUUGAUAGCAUCCCCUUCUCAGGUCAACUUCCUCAUUUUCCUUCCCCUCUUUUCCAUGAUCUCCAUCGCCUACCUGGUGUUAGCCCCGAUCCUCAUGCCAAGGGCAUCACAUCCAUUCGUCCAUUUGGCAGUUGAGGCCGUAAAUACCCUCUUCUACUUUGCGGGCUUUAUCGCCCUUGCCGUCUUCAUCAGCAAACUGGUCUUCUGCCGUGGCACCGUUUGUGGUGCGGCACGAGCUGCUUCCGCCUUCGCUGGUUUUAGUUGGCUCCUCUGGACUGGUACUACUGCCUUGGUUAUUCUGAAAAUGAUGAAGGGCGGACCUUCAAAAAGCAAUAACGAGAAGGCGAACCACCCUAUGUCUCAGAGCCCGCUCCCUCCUCACCCAUAA